AUGUCUACCCUCCCACCUACGCUUCCGCCUGUGGAGAGCAAUGACAGCGGCUUCAAUCCAGACUUCUCUAGCACCGCCGCUGCUAACGGCAAUGGCCAUGCAGAUGGCGCGACCGUGUCGCCUGUCAAUGGCCCAGGACCAGCGCCCCCUGUCCAGCCGCCGGAACCGUCGAAGCAACAAGAUAGUCCUGAUCCGCAGACACAGAAGGCCGUUCAGGAUGUCCUCUACUCCGACAUUGGCGUCAACACCCUCCUCAAUCGCCUUAAAGCCAGCGUUGCUAGCGCAAGAGACUUCGCGAGCUUUCUCAAGCGCCGCGGUGCCAUGGAAGAAGAGCAUGCCAACAACCUAAAGAAGCUCAGUAAACUCACCCUCGACAAUAUCCGCAAGGCCGAGGCCCGUCAUGAGAGCUACCAGCACCAGUUCGAGCAGGUCAUGCACGCCAACGAGCGCAUCGCCGACAAUGGCACCCAGUUCGGACUCGCCCUCCACGCCAUGCACGAGAAUCUUCUGCAGCUGGCCAACAAGAUGGAUGGCAGUAGGAAGACGUGGAAGCAGCAGGGUCUGACCGCGGAGAAGAAGGUCCAGGACGCCGAGGCCCUGGUGGAGAAGGCGAAGGCUAAAUACGAUCAAUUGGCCGAAGAUCUAGAUCGUGUCAAGACCGGAGACACGGGUGCGGGCAGGAAGUUCGGGCUCAAGGGGCCUAAGUCGGCGCAGCAGCAUGAGGAGGAUUUGCAUCGUAAGGUCCAGGCUGCAGACCAAGACUAUUCGUCCAAAGUCCAGACUGCACAGUUGUAUCGGAAAGAGUUGGUGGCUACAACGCGUCCGCAAGCUGUUUCUGCGCUUGUGGAUCUCAUCAAGGAGAUCGACGCUGCGUUGACUAUGGAAAUGCAGAAGUACGCUUCUUUCAACGAAAAAUUGGUCGUCAAUAAUGGCCAGGUCGUCAGUCCUCAAGGCCUCAGGGGUACCACAGGGCAACCGCCACCAAGUAUGAAUCAAGUCAUCUACCAGAUCAACAACGACAAGGACUUCGAUGACUUCAUUCUGAAACACUCCUCCAAGAUACCCUCUGUCCGUUCUGAGCUGCAGUAUGUGAAGCAUCCAACACUUGCACCGGCUCAAACAAAACCAACACCCCUCCCUUCUAAUGACACUCGCACUUCACUGCAAAUGCCAUCAACUCAGCCUCAGUCUUCGUUCUCUAUGCAACCCCAGCCUCAGCCUGAAUCAACACAGUCUCCGCAGCAAUACAAACUCCCAGCUCAACCUGAGCCUGUGCAGCAACCCAGUUUCCAGUCGUACAACAUCGGACUCCAGCAACAACAGCAGUACAAUCCUCCAGCGCCGACAUACCCAGGCGCCCAGACAUAUUCCCCUAUAGCUCAGAACCCAUAUUCUCAACCCCAAUCAGAUUAUCCAAGAGGGCCGGUAGGACAAUCAACGGCUCAGCAGUCCGCUGGCGUCACGUACAGUGGCUCUUCGCCUCCUGUUAAUCCUGUCUUCGGCGUCAACCUUGAGGAACUGUUCAGGAGAGACGGGUCUCCAGUACCAAUGGUCGUGUAUCAGUGUAUUCAGGCGGUUGAUCUCUAUGGAUUGGAAGUAGAAGGCAUCUAUCGCAUUCCGGGAACUUCAUCUCACAUCCAGGCCAUGAAAGCGCUCUUCGACACCGAUGGAUCUCAGGUUGACUUCCGUAAUCCCGAGGCUUUUCAACACGACGUCAACAGCGUGGCAGGACUUCUGAAGCAGUUCUUCCGCGAGUUACCUGAUCCGCUCUUGACAAGUGAAUUCUACUCAAAGUACAUUGAAGCCGCUCGCAUCGAGGAUGAUACUAUGCGCCGCGACUCAAUGCACGCGCUCAUCAACGCUCUCCCAGACCCGAACUAUGCAACUCUCCGGGCGCUCGUCCUCCAUCUAUACCGUGUACAACAGGCUUCAGAAGUGAACCGCAUGAGCACUGCCAAUUUGGGCAUUUGUUGGGCGCCUUCAAUUAUGGGACCCCACAAGGGCAACAACAUGGCAGAUGCCGGUCUUCAAGCUCGAGUCAUCAUCACUAUCUUAGACAAUGUUCUUCAGAUCUUCGAUGAAGAUUAA